GCUCAUUGUUCACCACGUGAGGCGAAGACGCUCCAAGUCCCAACUCCAAAUUUUUGCAACAAGAAGUUUGUGCGCAGUUUAUCCGCUAAACUGCAUCCAAUUUCUCAUGACAAGAAGAUCGAUUCAUCCCAACUGAAUCAAGAGAAAACAAUUGGCCGCUCGACCGAAUCGAUUAAAACGACUUAGAUGAGUUGUUGUCCUGCUUGUCAAAUACCACGUGUUUCGCCAGUUCAAUAAGUUUGAUUAAGAUGCGUUCGGGUUAUGUCAUAUCAGUUAUAGUGGCGUAUUGUGUUUGUUAAAGCUGCACACUUCUAACAAUGUCAGCUGAGUUUAUGUUGUCUUAACGAGCCGCGUUCUAGUGACUUCCAGCUUUCUGCACGUGCUCGGCAACCAGGCACGGUACUGUCAGUCGGGCUAACGGAGGAUAGAGACAGACAGCGGCGGGAUGGAGUUUGAGGGGUCCGGUAUCGGGGAGGAGUGCGGUGUUUUCGGGUGUGUGGCUGCCGGAGAGUGGCCCACCCAGCUGGAGGUGGCUCAGGUCUUAACUCUGGGACUCGUGGCGUUACAACACAGGGGUCAGGAAAGUGCUGGGAUUGUCACAAGUAAUGGAGCCAGUCCGCCCACGUACACAACCCACAAGGGAAUGGGAUUAGUGAGCACUGCUUUCCCACCCGAUGCUCUUCUGAAGCUGCGCUAUGGUAACCUCGGUAUUUGUCACACACGCUAUUCAACUACUGGGAUCUCAGAGCUGCAGAACUGCCAGCCCUUUGUGGUGGAUACGCUGCAUGGCAAGAUUGCCGUAGCGCACAAUGGAGAGCUGAUUAAUGCGCAUGCCCUGCGGAAAAAAGUAAUGCGCCAUGGUGUGGGCCUCUCCACCAGCUCAGACAGCGAGCUCAUCACCCAACUGCUGGCUUUGACUCCACCUAUGGAGGAGCAGGAUGCACCAGACUGGGUUGCCAGGAUUACAAAUCUGAUGACUGAGACCCCUACAGCGUACUCACUGUUGGUGAUGUUCAAGGAUGUUAUCUAUGCGGUGCGUGACCCAUACGGAAAUCGACCCCUCUGCAUUGGACGGGUUGUUCCUGUCUCUAAACUGCACACUUCAGGUGCUGAAGAGGAGGACACUGAGGGGUGGGUUGUGUCGUCCGAGUCCUGCAGCUUCCAGUCCAUCGGUGCCAAGUAUUACAGAGAGGUCUUGCCAGGAGAGAUAGUCCAGAUAUCCAAGCACGGAGUCAAGUCUCUGAGUGUCGUCCCUCGCCCUGAAGGAGACCUCCCUGCCUUCUGCAUAUUUGAAUAUGUGUACUUUGCCAGACCGGACUCCAUUUUUGAAGGGCAGAUGGUCUACACCGUCAGGCAGCGCUGUGGUCGGCAGUUAGCCAUCGAGGCUCCAACAGACGCCGACGUGGUCAGCACUGUGCCAGAGUCGGCUACUCCUGCUGCACUGGGCUACGCUCAGCAGUCUGGGCUGCCAUAUAUAGAGGUUCUAUGUAAGAACCGCUACGUCGGGAGAACCUUUAUUCAACCAAAUACCCGGCUGAGGCAGCUAGGAGUUGCCAAGAAGUUCGGGGCUUUAACUGAUAACUUUGCUGGGAAACGAGUGGUGCUGGUAGAUGACUCCAUCGUCAGAGGCAACACCAUCUCCCCCAUUAUAAAACUGCUGAAGGACGCCGGUGCUACUGAGGUCCACAUCAGAGUUGCAUCUCCACCGAUCAGGCACCCUUGCUACAUGGGCAUCAACAUUCCGACCAAGGAGGAGCUCAUUGCCAACAAGCCAGAGUUUCAGGACAUUGCUGGAUAUAUCGGUGCUGCCAGCGUUCAGUAUCUGACUGUGGAGGGCCUGGUAUCAGCCGUUCAGGAGGGAAUCGCCUCACUCCAGCAGAAGGACAAGAUCAGCUCCAAUAACAAGUCCAGCAAGCGAGUGGGCCACUGCACCGCCUGUCUGACCGGGAAAUAUCCAGUGGAGCUGGAGUGGUAAUUCCACGACUGACCAGAGACUGCGAGCUCCCACAGCUGGUGCAUGUGAAUGUAACGUUCUCUGUAGACAAACAGGCUGGGUAUAAUACUGCUAUCUGGGACACUAAAUACAUGCAGUACCUUUUUAAGUGUUCACAUUCCAAAACAGGAGUAUUGAAUAGAAUUUACUAUUUCAGAAAAGCGCACAAGGCCCGUGACCAAAAUGGUAAAUUGUCUUUAUUUUCCUUUUCACGUUUACUUUUCUACCUUUAACAUAAAUUUAAACAUUAUGUUCUUUUUUUUGGGGUCUGACUGUUGGAUAUUCAGUUGCAUGAAAUAUAAUGGAAAAGAAAUGCUAAGUAGAUUGACUAUAAUAAACCGAAUAACUA